GGGUUUUCCGUUUGUAUAUAAAAAAGACUUUUUAUCUGAAGUGAUCGUUGUUUUUGCAGCGGCUGGAGGUCGAUCUGAGAAGAAGAGAAAACAAUGGCUGCACCACAAGUGAAGACUGGUUUGUUCGUUGGUCUGAACAAAGGACACGUCGUCACCAGACGCGAGUUGGCUCCUCGUCCUAACUCUCGCAAAGGGAAAACGAGCAAGAGGACGUUGUUCAUCAGGUCACUGAUCAGAGAAGUUGCUGGAUUUGCUCCCUACGAGAAGAGAAUCACUGAGCUUCUCAAGGUUGGUAAAGACAAGAGGGCCCUUAAGGUUGCUAAGAGGAAGUUGGGUACCCACAAGAGAGCCAAGAGGAAGAGAGAGGAGAUGUCUAGUGUUCUCCGCAAGAUGAGGUCUGGUGGAGGUGCUACUACUGAGAAGAAGAAGUAAACACUUUAUUCUUCUGUGUUAUGUGAGCUUUGUUAUGUUUGGAACUCAAAGUUUUGGUUCGCUCUUGCAAAUCAGCUUUAUGCUCUAAAAACCAUUUUGUGUUUGUGUUUUGUUAGGAAUAUCGAUCAAACGUUGUUUCGCUCUGUUCCGUUUUCUCAUUAACCUUCUCAAACUUCCUACUUUU